AAAAUGUAAAACAAAGUCACAAACAAGAAACAUACAGCUGUAUUACAAACUAUGCACCGGUUUGCCUCGUUUAUUCUAAUUCUCCCUUUGUUUACAUUCGCCAAAGAUAAGCAAGAGAGAGAGAGAGAGAGAGAGAGCCAGCAUCUUUGUUCAGUUGGUUUCGGUAAGCGGUGGUGUUAAACGGCAUUGACGCCUGAUAAGUGCUGAAUGCGUCAUAGGGAUUGUCGUUUUUUUUUGUUUUUAAGGGACAAGAAAUAAAGAUCCUCGCCGGCCGCACGAAAUGAAGUCGCCUCUGAUUCUGCUCGCCGUGGGCAUACUCUGUUGCAUCGCGAGCGUAUCGAUGGAACCAGUCUGUGUGGAUUUAGAGCUGUUUCUGAAAAAGUACGAGAAGCUGCUUUCCAUCUUGCAGUUCAAUACAACGCCUGUGUUUAAGCUGUGCACGAAUGAAACAGCCAUCGACUACUAUAACGAAGCGGUCGGUCAUUACCAAAACAUGACCAAUGCAAACGAGUGCAAGAAAUAUCUUGUUGAAAAACGCCUGAACAUGUACCACAUGGUGUACGACCAGCUGAACGCCCUGUGGGGUUCGGCCAACUGUGAAGCAUGCAUCGGGGCGGUUAAUGAGACGGCCGAGUUCAUGCGGCUGUCCGGCGCGGUGGAGAAAUGCUUCGAGGCGAAUGACACGAGUGCAUGCGUCAGCUGCGAGCCGGAUUACCUGCGGGUGCAGCAGUUCUACGGUCAGCUAGAGAAGGGCCGGCACGGCGUGGCUAUGUGCUUCGAUGUCGAGGACCGCAUGAAUCAAACCCGACAGCGCUGGUCGGGCCAGUAUAACUGCUGCAAGGACAAGCAGCGAUCGAUGGUGGCAUUCGGCUCAAUCGCAUCCGUUGCCUGCCUGUUCCCGUUGGCUUUCUACCUCGUCAUGCAUCUGGUAGCGGUUCGCAGCGAAGCCAGGCAACUAUCACUGCUUACCGCGAUGAGCACCGAUGAUUCGACACCGGCAGGACGAACCACAACACCGCGAAGUGGUGGUGUUACCGCUAAGGACAAUCGGUCCAGCUCUAGCAUCCAAGAAGUAGAAGACGCAGAGGAUGAAGAAGGCACAGUUGAGUCGGUGCACGGGGAAUCAACCAACGAUCUGAACAAUUCCACAGCCAACCUUAUUGAAAAAUCUCAUCCAACGGAUAUGCAUGUAAAUCACAUGGAAGCUCAGCGAAGCCCGCAGAAAAACAUAACCAAGUUGCUCGACACCAGUGAAGGUGACGAUGAGAGCUUGUUGCUCUGAUUCAGCAUGUUAUGGAAGAAUCAGUCGUUUGAAUUUUGGGACUAGAAUGUAUCGUUUGAAUUUAAAACUCAUUUAUGCGAGGCCGUGCUGCUUAUCAAAGAAUAAAACUGGGUAAUAUAUUUUUAAUCUUUAUGUAAAA